CCCUAUCCGGAUAUCUCGACGGGCUCUCUCAACUGCCUCAUACUAACACUCGCAAAGUGACUUCGUCUCUUGCUGCAAAAAGCAUCCCAGGCAGCAAUCACAUUGUCUCAUCCCUAAUCCCCCUUGUCACUGCGCCCUCCUGUGACUCUUCCGAAAGGCGUGCCUCCAAGUCACGCAUAUUUGUCCUGAUUGCGCCACCCAACUGGCCCAGCUACAAAAGCACCCCUUUCUCCCUGUUUGUGAACUCUCGUCACCGAGUGUUCGCAAGCUGUUCCUACGAGAACGACCGGCCGAGAGCCGGGAAAGAGCAUCAUUUUUGGUCACAUUUGCUUCGUGAGGGUCGAGUCGAGUUGCAAAGGCGCACUACCUGUCCGACGCUCUUCACUACGUCGAACAAUCAAGGAUCUCGUCUUGAUCAUGCCUUCCUACCUACGAAACCCCCACCGCGCCUACUCCUUUCCACCAUGGAUCGAAGCCGCUGAGAACGAAGCAAGCCAGCUUCCUGAUAUCGACGAGGACCCCUUUGCUCACUUCAUCACGCCCAUCUCAGAGGCAGAGGACCCGUACGAGCUUGCUCUCAGUGCAGGCAUCGACGGCGACGAAGGCCCACGCACCACAAAGGCCUCCAAGUUCAAGUCCAACGUCGCCAACAAGUGGGCGCGAUAUGUCAGGCACAACCACGGCCAGCUCCACACCCAGUACCAUGCGCCCACCAUCUACGAGGAGGACGAGGAGGAUGACGAGUCUUUCAUGGGUCUCGAUGACGAACGCCUAAACGACACGCCCCAUGUUGUGUCUCAGCUUAGCCCAUCGAAGAACUCCAUCAACGAGACUCACCGCGGUCGUGCACAGGAUCUUGCAGCACGCAAGCAGCAGAACCGUCGCCGUUACUCACGCACGCUUUCUGGCCAUCGCCAUUCGUGGCGAGAACCCAGCCCGGAUCUCUUCACUGUGGAUGAGUCCGAGGAAGAAGAACUCCCCGUGCUUCGGCGCCCCAAAACUAGGAAGCCCAAGGAAGGCGCGGAGCGCCGGAGGUCUUCGACUAGGUCAAAGUCAAGAGCAAGGGUAGACGUGGCGGAGAAAUCGAGAUUGUGAAGAGUCCCUUGUUCGCCUAGGGUAUGGCGACAUCAAAACCAAGACUUUGGAUACGACAACAUCGCAGCAUUUGCAUUGGUAGAGUGGAGGCUUGCUACCGUUGAGCGUUUUCGCAUUGCAUGGCGUUUUGGCUUUUUUUUUAUUACUUUUGCGCACACAGCAUCGUUUGGCGUUUUUGGUAUACCAUGGGCUUGCAUAUUUUUAGGGGAUUUUGCAUUGGGCGGCGUUUCUUGGAGGUGAGCAUUUACACUCUGUUCAGAUUUUCCGUUUCAGAUUUCCAGAUUGCGGCGGGUGCAUCGGAUCGAGAUAGCAGAUAACAACCAACGCGUAAUACUUCAAGCAUUCA